AUGUCCGACACGCUGCACCUCAUCCUCACCACCUCCGCCGUGACCUUUCUCUCCGGCUUCGCCCUCGGCGUCUUCGCCAUUCGCGGCUACCUCAUCUCCCCCGCGCUCAAGGCCGAGCGCCGCGGCAAUCUCCGCGACCCCGUCGAGAGCGACGAGUCCGACAUUGACGAGGACGACACCAUCCUCGACCACGCCCCCAACUGGGCCAACGGCGAGGCCGCCGACCGCCGCGACGGCCUGCGCCAGGAGGAGAAGAAGAAGGACGAGAAGAAGGCCAAGGCCGUGCCCAUUGCAGAUGUCGGCAAGGAGGAAUGCAAGCUCGUCCUCGUCGUCAGGACAGACCUCGGCAUGACAAAGGGCAAAAUGGCCGCCCAGAGCUCCCACGCCACCCUCGCAUGCUACAAGGUGCUCGCCCGCGCCGCCGCCAAGAACGGCCCGUCCUCCGCCGAGGCCCGUCUGCUCGACCGCUGGGAGCGCCUCGGCCAGGCCAAAAUCGCCGUCCAAAUUAAGGGUGAGGACGAGCUGAAGAAGCUGCGGGCCGCGGCGCGCGCUCAGGGGGUCACGGCCGAGGUCAUUGCCGAUGCUGGCCGCACGCAGAUUGAGGCUGGCAGCCUGACGGUGCUUGGUGUCGGUCCGGCGCCUAAGAGCUUGGUGGAUAAGAUUACCGGGCAUCUGAAGCUGCUGUGA